AUGCCAGACACCGUGAUUCCAGAACCAUGUGAGGAAUACCACAUCUCAGAAUACUGCAGUCGAAAGGACGAAUGCUUCAAGAUGCACCUUUGUGCGGAUUUCAUCGUGGGAGCUUGCCAGGGGUGCAAGCUAAACCACGACAUCUUGGAUUCACAGUGUGAGAAACUGCUUAAAAAGGCCAAGGUUGAUUUGAGACGAACAAGAAGAGACUUGUGUAACUUUCUGAAGGUGAAAUGGGCUGUAAACCUGGACGAGAUCAAGAAAUGGAAGGCAGAGAGGAAAGAAGAAACGAAGACUUGCUAUGCCAUGUUUCCCCCCGUCCAAUCUAUCACGAAACUGCGUUAUGCCCAUCUCUGGAUAGAGAAAAUGGAAGAAAAGCGCGUGCACAUCCGACACUGCCUGCUUUUCGACUUCGACCUGGGCAUCUCUGCUACUCAGGCGCCCCGUCAUCUGUGUCAGACGGAAGGCCGUGACGCCCCCUCCUUCAACACCUGCCACUACUGGUACAGUCGCUUCCGCUCCGGCGACAGGAGCCUCGAAGACCGACCCAGUGGUCAAUUUCUUCUGAAGGAAAAUUUGGAAUCCGGCGGUAACAAAGGGUGGAACAUGUUCGAGGACUUCAUCAAAACAGAGAAUAUACCAAAGUACAUAUUUUCAUCUUAUGAGGGAGAUGAUGAGGAGGAAGAGGAAGAGGAAGGGGAGGAGCAAGAGGAAAAGGAAACCUUCAAUGUUGCUAUUGAGGAAAACUUCGAAUCCGGCGGUAGCAGAGAGAGGUACAUGUGGGAGGACUUGAUCCCAACAGAAAAUAUACCAAAGGACAUUCCUUCAUCUUAUGAGGGAGAUGAUGAAGAGGAAGAGGAAGAGGAAGGGGAGGAGCAAGAGGGAAAGGAAACCUUCAGUGUUGCUAUUGAGGACUAUGAUGCCUUUCCGGUUGGUUUCAAUAGCCCGGUUACCACUUCUGAAGAAGAGCCAGAAAAAGUGGGCUUCGCGUUCCUCGGAGAAGGCUAUAAUGGUGCACAAGGACGCCCAUCCAACUUGAGAGCUAUAGUCGACAUAUUACACCAGCAUCAAGAAGGUAAAAGAGCCCUUAAAGUAAUGAAGAGCCGACGAGGAGAUCGAGAUGGGGCGAAAGACGAAGAGAUUCCUGGGGGAGAGUAUGGGGAGGAUCGACAGAGAAUCCUGAGAGAAGCGGUCGGCAGAUUUCGGCAAGGAAUCGGGGGUCAGCAUCCCGAGGUGAAACUGUGGGGGGGCUUGGGGUCGUGCUGGGGAGGGAUGGCAGACCGAGUCUUCCUCUUCGCUCGGAAGAAGACGUUCGUCGUGGAAGUGGACGGAGAAACGUCCUGGAGUCUCCCAGAUGAUCGGUCCAUCUCCUCUCUUCCCUUUCUUUCCUCACCUUUCCACGUUUCCUUGUCAACGUGCCUCGUACCAUGCACCGUGCCUGGGAAAGGGUUCUAUCUCUUUGGGGGAAGGUCGGGAGACGGGAAGAGAUCUCUGUCGGACGCUGCCAUGUUUCUUCCCGAGGUGGGAGGAGGGGUCUGGCUUUCUCUGCCCGAUCUCCCGAAGAAGAUGUACGGGGCAGCAGGGACGGCUCUUAAAGAUGGCUCCUUCCUCAUUAUCGGUGGAAGGGAUGGAAGGAAGAAUAAAGUGUUGAAGACGGCAUAUGUGUUUGACCCGCGCAAGGGUAAGAGAUACGACCCCCUCACGGACAUGCCGGAACCGGCGGUAGCGGCAGCGGCGACAGUGUGGAAGGGGACGCAAGUCAUAGUCGCUGGUGGAAUCACAGGGAAGAAACGGGAUAAAGCCUCCUCCGAGGUCAGAGUCUUCGAUCUGAGGGCGAGAGCAUGGGAAACGUCCUCUUCUUCCCCCUGGCCCUGUCUCCGUACCCCAAGGUGGUGUCUCGGCCUGGUGAAAGAUACGCAGGACCGGGUUAUCGCCCUCGGCGGCGGGAAGGGUCUCGCCACUCCUGUCCGAACAUUGGAAGCGUUGGGGGAGGGUGGAUGGAAGGAAUCGCGCCUUCCUCACGCUCUUACUGGCUGCUUCCUUCCUCGGGACCUACUGUGA